AUGUCGAGGUCGCCAAGGAACUAUCCAGAGUCGGUGGCGAUUUGGAAGAAUAAGGGCGGAGGAAUUCAGCGAAUUCCAUCACCGUGGGUGUACAGGGACGACGAUGAUGAGGGAAUAUGGAAGUGCUACGCGUGCGGUGGCAAGGAGAUGUGCGAGUCGCACGCCAUGUCGAGAGAUCACGCUCGGAAAGUUUGGUAUUAUUGUUUCGGCUAUGGCAAACAUCAGGGGCCUGGCAAGCUCAUGAACGCGGUGGAGUCCAGCGUCCGCCACAACAACAAUUUCGUGUAUCCAGGUCGCGGGCCCGGCGGCGCCGCGUCCAUGCUCGAGCCGCAGGGGGGCGACGACCAUCGAGGAGCGCAAGCGGCGGCGGCGGCUGAGGAAGUCCCGUCGGGCUCUCGGUGGGCCGCGGCCGCGGCUGCCGCGGGGCAGCAGGGGGCGGGCGAGGCGGAGGUGACGCUCGUGGAGAGUUUCAAGAUGGACAGCAACUCGAACUCGUCGCAGAUCGAGCUCGGGCCGUCCAUAGACCAGAAGCUUGACGGGGUGAUCGCGUUGACGAGUACCAUGGGGCAGAUCAUGGACAAGGCGACGAAGCUCAUCGAGAAGAUCGAUGGCUCGGCGGCCGACCAGAAGGGGCCGACGGCGGAGGCCAAGAUCGACGAGGUGAAGCAGAGCUUCGAGUCUGCGUUGCAGACGCUCGAGGCCAAGAUCGGAGAG